GGAUAGACAAUUUACUACCUCCCCAAAUAAUCAUGUUUGAUAAGAAUGUUUCUUUUUCUAUUCUUUUGAUUGUUACGUAAAACUAGAAUUUUAAGUACGUUUCUCUAAGAGGAUUGUAAUUAUUUCACAAGGAAUAGUGAUUUUACCUCAACAGCACGUUAAUUUUCUAAACUGUGGCGCUCUAUGAUGGCCGAGAGCACAGUUGUCAAAGGGCUGACUGAUAUUUACUCGAGGAUAGAUGCAGCCUGUUUGAAAACUGGACUGACUUUUAAACCCCGGCUAGUGGCUGUGAGCAAAACUAAGCCAAAAGAACUUGUAAUUGAGGCUUAUGAACACGGUCAAAGAAAUUUUGGCGAAAACUACAUACAAGAAUUGUUUGACAAGAGCAACGAAUCACAGAUCUUGGAAAGGUGUAAAGACAUCAGAUGGCACUUUAUUGGCAAUCUUCAAAAAAACAAAGUCAACAAGCUCAUCGGUGUACCGGGUUUGUAUGCAGUGGAGACUGUGGAUUCUGAAAAGCUUGCAACAGUGCUUGACAAGGCGUGGUCCAAAUCAGACAAAAAAGAACUCUUAAAUGUAAUGGUUCAAGUUAAUACGAGUGGAGAAGAAAGCAAAAAUGGCUGUACACCUGUAGAGAGUGUUGAUUUAGUUAAGCAUGUCUUGGAGAAAUGCCCAUCAUUGAAAUUCAUCGGACUUAUGACAAUUGGACAAUAUAUUGAAGAGUCCCUUAAAGGGCCGAAUAAAGAUUUCCUGUGUCUUAAAAAAUGUAGAGAAGAAGUCGCAGAAAAAUUAAACCUAAGCGUUGAAAAUAUUGAACUAUCAAUGGGCAUGUCACAUGACUUUGAACAUGCUAUUGAGCUAGGAAGUACAAGUGUACGAGUGGGAACUGCCAUCUUUGGCACCAGGAAUGUUAAUCAAAAAGAAGAGAAUGCUGAUAAAUAGCUUUAAACUUAAAUGCUACAUAUUAAUAUAAAAUAAUUGUUACAUGUUCAUGU